AUUUCAUUCUGCUACAGCUGGUGGUUGAGCAUUUCUGCCUGGGAUGGCGGAGGAUCAGGAGCUGACUCAGCCACACAAAGCUCAACUCGAGCCCUCCCUUCAGCAGCGCACCAGCAACACAUACCGCAGUGCAGAGCACUCUCAGGCCUUGCUCAGUGGCUUGGUAUCUCUCCGAGACAGCAGCAUCCUCUUCGAUGUAGUUCUGGUAGUGGAAGAGAAACCUAUUGAGGCUCAUCGCAUACUUCUAGCUGCAUCCUGUGACUAUUUCAGAGGAAUGUUUGCAGGAGGACUGAGAGAGAUGGAACAAGAAGAAGUUCAUAUUCAUGGCAUCUCCUACAAUGCAAUGUGUAAAAUCUUGAACUUCAUUUACACUUCUGAGCUGGAACUCAGUGUGAACAGUGUACAGGAAACCUUAGCUGCAGCCUGUCAGCUUCAGAUUCCAGAAGUCAUUAAGUUCUGUUGUGAUUUUCUCAUGUCCUGGGUAGACGAAGAGAACAUCCUCGACGUAUACAGACUAGCUGACCAUUAUGACUUGAGACAUUUGAGUGAUCAGCUGGACUCCUACAUUUUGAAGAACUUUGCAGCUUUCUCAAGGACACAAGUGUACCGACAGCUACCCUUGCAGAAAGUCUACUCCCUUCUUAGCAGCAACCGUUUGGAGGUUAACUAUGAGUUUGAAGUUUAUGAAGGGGCACUUUUUUAUCAUUAUUCUCCAGAGCAACUGGAGACAGAUCAGGUCUCCCUGAUGGAGCCCCUUAAGCUACUUGAGACAGUUCGUUUUCCUCUGAUGGAACCUCAGAUCCUGCAAAGGCUUCAUGACAAAUUAAGUCCCUGUCCUUUAAAAGAUACAGUGGCAGAUGCAUUAAUGUACCACAAGAAUGAAUGUCUUCAGCCAAUGCUUCAGAGCUCCCAGACACAGCUGAGAUCAGAAUUCCAGUGCGUAGUAGGAUUUGGAGGGAUGCAUUCGACUCCAUCCAUUGUCCUCAGUGAUCAAGCCAAGUAUCUGAACCCCUUGUUGGGAGAGUGGAGGCAUUUUACAGCUGCACUAGCCCCCAGAAUGUCCAACCAAGGGAUUGCUGUUCUCAAUAAUUUUGUAUAUUUAAUUGGCGGAGACAACAAUGUAAGUGGUUUUCGAGCAGAGUCAAGGUGUUGGAGGUAUGACCCGCGACACAACAAAUGGUUCCAGAUCCAGUCCCUACAGCAAGAGCACGCUGACCUCAGUGUUUGUGUUGUGGACAACUAUAUAUAUGCCGUCGCAGGCCGAGAUUACCAUGAAGACCUGAGGGAAGUGGAGAGGUAUGACCCUAAAAGCAACACUUGGGAAUAUGUGACACCUCUGAAGAAGGAGGUAUAUGCACAUGCUGGAGCGGCACUGGAUGGGAAGAUGUAUAUUACUUGUGGGAGGAGAGGUGAAGACUAUUUGAAGGAGCUACAAUGUUAUGACCCAAAGACUGACCGCUGGGACGUUUUAGCAGAUGGUCCAGUGAGACGUGCUUGGCAUGGGAUGGCUGCACUGCUAGGAAAGCUCUAUGUAAUUGGAGGAAGCAACAAUGAUUCUGGCUACAGAAGGGAUGUUCACCAGGUUGCCUGCUAUAGUCCAAGCACUGAUCAGUGGACAAACGUAUGUCCACUUCCUGCAGGACAUGGAGAACCUGGUAUUGCAGUCUUAGACAACAGGAUCUAUGUCUUGGGAGGCAGAUCCCACAACAGAGGAAUCCGCAUGGACUACGUCCACAUUUAUGAUGCAGAAAGAGACUGUUGGGAGGAAGGACCCCAGCUGGAGGAUGAUAUUUCUGGGAUGGCUGCCUGCGUCCUCACUUUGCCCAGGGCUAUUUUAAUGGAAACAGAGAAAUGGUUCUCAGAAUGGCAUGCAGACCGCGUGAAGUAUCACCUUGACUUUCCAUCCGAAGUUAUGAGCGUAUCAGACUGGGAGGAAUUUGACAAUUCAAGUGAAGAUUAGAAAACUGUAAUAUUUAUUUUUUGCCAGUGGAUGAGGAAAUUAAGGAUCAGAGAAAUACUUAGAUAUUUUAUAUGUCUUUCUUAUAUACAUAAAUCAGUAUUUAAAGGUUUGAAAAAUAAAUGUUCUGCACAAAAUGCCAUUCACAGUCAAUAUCUGCCCAUCUGCAAGUGUUCUGCACAAAAUGCCACUUACAAUCGGUAUCUGCCCAACUGCCAGAAAGCAGCAUUUUUAAAGUAACCACAGAACUGCCAUUUCCCCCCAG